AUGCGCCAUCGCCUGGUCUUGUCUGUCCUGAGUGGAAAACCCGUUCGAAUAGACAAAAUUCGCUCCAGUGACAAGAAUCCUGGUCUCAGAGAUUAUGAAGUCAGUCUGUUGAGGCUUCUCGAGAGAAUCACGAAUGGCACUGUGAUCGAGAUCUCUGUUACUGGUACCGCUAUCCUGCUCAAACCAGGAGUCAUAGCAGGGGGACAAGCCACGCAUGACUGUCCGUUGUCGCGGUCGAUAGGCUACUUCUUAGAACCAGUAGUUAUGCUUGCACCAUUUGCCAAGAAGCCAUUGCAGCUAACACUGCGAGGGAUAACAUCGGAUGACCAUGAUUUGUCUGUUGACCUCAUCCGCACGGUGACGCUCCCUCACCUGCAGCUGUUCGGUGUAUCAGAAGGAUUGGAACUCCGUAUCAAGAAAAGGGGCAGCCCUCCGUUGGGAGGCGGAGAGAUUCAGUUCCUAUGCCCAAUAGUAAGGCAGGUCAAGACACUAAAUUUCGUCGACCCUGGAAAAAUCAGACGAAUACGAGGGAUUUCGCAUGCUGUUCGCGUCAGCCCGCAAUUUUCUAACCGCAUGAUUGAGGCAUCGCGAUCCGUUCUCAACCGCUACAUUCCCGACAUAUAUUUGUACUCCGAUGUCUAUAAGGGAGAAGACAGUGGGAAAUCGCCAGGGUACGGGUUAAGCCUUCUUGCGGAGUCCACAACGGGCGCCAUGCAUUGUUCUGAAGCGACCUCUCAGCCUGGCGUGGCGCCUGAGGACAUCGCAUUGCUUGCAUCCCGCGCUCUUCUCUCGGAGAUUCGUAGAGGAGGCUGUGUUGAUAGGCGCCAUCAGACCUUGGUCUUACUCAUGAUGGUCCUCGGGAGCGAGGAUGUAGGUCGAUGUGUCAUGGGAGAGCCCACUCCGCGGACCACUCAGUUCCUCAGAGAUCUUAGGGAUUGCUUUGGAACUUCGUUCAUGAUCGCUCCAGCUGAUCCAAAGGACGAGUCCUCGUCACAGUUACUUUUCUCGUGUUACGGUGUUGGCUUCGUCAACGUAAAUAGGACGUUGGCAUGA